AUAAUUUUAUCCGAUAAAAUUGGAACGAGCGAUACUGUGGAUAUUAUUAGAACGAAAACUCUUGAAACUUGUUGUUGCUGCUAACUACCUAAGAACGUCCCAAAAAUUUGAGGGCAAGCAACCAUGGCAGAUGUCCUCGAGCUCUCUCUGCCAUUCCUCCUAUUCGCCACCUUCGCCCUUCCUCUCCUCUUUCUCCUGCUCAAGCCCAAGACCACUACCGCUGCCUCCGCCACUUACGGGCCCAAGUCCUACCCGUUAAUCGGGUCGGCGCUGGCCAUCGCCGCCAACGGCGAUCGUCUCCCCCAGUACGUCACCGGCCUCAUCCGCCGCUCCCCAACUCACACCAUCACCUUCCGCGGUCCCUUCGGUUCCUGCCUCAUCGUCACCGCCAACCCCGCCAACGUCGAGCACAUGCUCAAGACUCGGUUCGAGGCCUACCCAAAAGGCCCGCUCAUGAACUCCGCCAUCCGAGACUUCCUCGGCGACGGCAUCUUCAACGCCGACGGCGAAACCUGGAAGAUCCAAAGGAAGUUGGCCAGCCAUGAGUUCAGCACGCGCUCCCUCCGCCGGUUCGUUGACGUCGCCGUGCUCUCGGAGGUCUCCGGCCGGCUCCUCCCCCUACUCUCCUCCGCCGCCAAGUGUAAGACGGUUCUGGAUCUCCAAGACGCGCUCCAGCGGUUUGCCUUCGAUAACAUAUGUAAAAUCGCCUUCGGCUCGGAUCCCGGCUGCCUGGACCCAGACGCGCCUGCAUCCGACUUCGCCGCGGCCUUCGACGACGCCGUCUGGCUGACUGGCCAGCGCCUCACCACUGCCGUCUGGUUCGUGUGGAAGCUUAAACGAGCUCUCCGUAUCGGAUCCGAGAAGCGGCUCUUUGAUUCCGUCCGCAUUAUCAAUGACUUCGCCGCAAAGUUGAUUCGUGAGAGGAAGUCUCAGCUGGCGACGGCCGCUAAAUCCGAGACGGAGAACUCGGAUCUCUUGUCGAGGUUCCUGGAGACAUGCGGUGCGGACGAGAGGUUCGUCAAGGACAUAGUCGUCAGCUUCAUGCUCGCCGGCAGGGAUACGACGUCGGCAGCGCUCACGUGGUUCUUCUGGCUGAUUUCCAGUCACAAACACGCAGAAGAGGAGAUUCUCCGGGAGAUCUCCAACUUCGGCAGCGAAGUUGUUGGCUUCGAGAAGGUGAAGGAGAUGCAGUAUUUGCAUGCCGCCAUCUGCGAGAGCAUGCGGCUGUAUCCGCCUGUGCCGCACGACACUAAAGGGGCGGCCGAGGACGACGUCCUGCCGGACGGCACCUUCGUGCCGAAGGGCGCCAGGGUGGCGUACCAUCCCUACGCCAUGGGGAGGCUGGAGUCGCUGUGGGGCAAGGACUGGGAGGAGUUCCGGCCGGAGAGGUGGCUGCGGAAGGACGAAGCGGAGGGGAAGUGGAGGUUCGUGGCAGAGGAUCCGUACAAAUACCCGGUGUUCCAGGGAGGGCCGAGGGUGUGCCUGGGGAAGGAGAUGGCGUUCGUCCAGAUGAAAAGCGUCGCUGCCGCCGUUCUUCGACAGUUCAGAGUCGUACCUGCAAUGCCGAAAUUCGAACCCGAUUACGUGGCGAAUUUGACAUCCAAAAUGAAGGGCGGUUUUCCGGUGAAGCUCAUUAGCAGGGAUACGUGACUGAAGUCCUUUUAACUAGUUGUCGGUUUUCAGGCUGGUUUUAGUUUUUCACGUGGUUUUCAUUAAAUGCAAACUUCCAGUCACACAUGGCCCGCCUACUUCUUUUUCCUUUCUUUAUAUAUAGAUAUGUAAUGUGUACCACCUCA